UGCACACCUUCACCAGCUGCCACAAAAGCUCUGGCUGCUUCAAACAGCACUGGAUCACUGAGGACUCGGAGCAAAGACACCAGGGCAGAUACAGAGUGCAACAGAGCACUGACAUCAGAGAUCAGAGCAAGCCAGAUAACGAAGAGAACAGUCUGAUAAGAUACAAAGAGGACAGUGGAGUUAAAAGCAAUAGUUAGAGAAAAUAGAAGACAGUGGCAGUGACAAGGGGAACCAAAACCAGUGAAAUACAGUGAGAUGUGUAGGCAGUGAGUCCGGCAUGGAAGACACAAGGUUGUGAUAAAGUGGGCACUGAAUAGAAGAGGGAACGGGGCAAAACAGUAAAAUCCAAGUCAUCAAGAAAGAAGUUUCGACUUGCACGCUUGAACUCAACUGAAAGACAUGUCGGUCAUCUUGGAGACAAUGGGAUUCUUUUUUGGGGUGAUAGGAUCAACCAUGUUGGGGAUCACCCUCUUCAAUGCAAACUGGCGGGUGUCAUCAGUCGAUGGCAAUGUCAUUACCACCUCCACACUCUUUGAGAACCUCUGGAUGAGCUGCGCCACUGACUCAACUGGUGUCUACAACUGCCGAGAGUUCCCAUCCUUGCUGGCACUCUCAGGAUAUCUUCAAGCCUCUCGAGCACUGAUGAUCUCAUCGUUGGUUUUUGGACUUUUUUCCUGCCUGUUGGGGAUGAUUGGGUUGCAGUGCACUAAGGUGGCAGAAGACAACCCUGUGCUAAAGGGCAAGCUGGCUACUGCAGCAGGAGCAAUCUCAAUUUUUGGAGGAAUCUGCGCUGGUAUUGCUGUUUCAUGGUAUGCUGCCAACAUCACAAAGGAUUUUUUCAACCCUCUAUACCCAGGAACAAAGUAUGAGAUUGGGCCUGCUCUUUACCUUGGCUGGUCAGGGGCUCUUUUGGAUAUAGUUGGGGGAUCUCUACUCUGCUGUUCCUACCAGACUCAGGUGUCUGCAGCCAAAAAUAAAUACACUUACAACUAUCGAGCGCCAAAUGCUGUGUCUACUGCUAAGGCUGCACCUCAAGCUACUCUACCUCGAUAUGAAUCCAGCAACAGUAUUUGUAAAUAUGGAAAGAACGCUUACGUAUAGAAAGAGCUUACCAUCACUGGCUUUUUAACAGGCUCGGCCAAUGGGCAUAUUCCAUCCAUAUUAAAUCCUAUCAUGACGGUGCUUCCGCUGCCCUUGACUCAUGGUCCACCCACAUUGUCAUAUAUUUGUAAAUAUUUUUGCACUAUGCUGAAAGAAAACAAAAACAUUCACGGUGAAUGGCAUUUCUAUGAACAAAAACCUUGGGAAGGUUACCGGAGAAGUCCACGGGCUCAAUGAGAAGAAAGAAGAGAGAGGAACAUCCAAAGAGCUUCCUGUUUGAGAUAUCGGAACUAUAUCAUGACAUAGUUAUCUCAUAAAAACAGUUUUGUCUCUUUUUUUAAGAUGGCAAACUAUUAAUUUUCCUCUUUUUCUGUGACUUCAGUAAGUGGUUUGUGACAAAAAUGCUAUAAAACUAAGAAAUGGGAAGGAAAAUCUUAUUAAAAGGUGAUUUGUUUUUUUUUUUGUUUUUGCAAAAUGCUUCACAAGGAAAUGAUCAAGGGUGCUCUUUGAAAUGAGGGAAAUGUAAUUAUUUUGUGAUUCACAACAUUUUUUAUCUUGCCAUUUGCUAUCACAAUAGAGUGACUACUAUGUUUAAAAAGAUAGACCAAAUCUGUAUAUACAUUUUUCAUUUGAGAGAACAUUCCUUGUACGGAAUGUUCUUCUUCCACAAUAAAUCAUUGUACUUUUCCUCUGUUUUAAGCAUAAUUGAGCAUGUUUGGGUUUAGAUUUGGAAACAAUAGUUUCAGAGCAAUGUGGCAUAAACACAGGACCCGGUGGUCUGCCUUGUUAAGAAAUUAGAUAAAGAUGAGACUUCUAGGAACCAAAGCAAAGGCUUUGAUAUGAAUUUAUCACUGAUCGUCCCCCUUCUUCCAUUAAAGAUGAGAAUAAAAACAUGUUAGAUAUUAAUUAUCAGAUAUUAAUGAACUUAUGCCAGGGGGGUAAGAAGGUUAAUGACCAACUUAGUGACAUAUUUAGCAUCGAGCUUGAGGAUACUCAAUGCCAAAAAAACCCCAGAGAGAAUGCCUUACAUUCACUUUUCGCGUUUCUGGAUUUUAUUAUUUAAAUUCCAUAAUUGGAUAUUUUCCA